CUCAAAGAACCGGAUAUCGGUCGCAACCUUGCAGUCCUACCAUUUUGCAAACGCAGGACCACUCAUCACCGCUGCAGACAAUACACCCUCCUCCUCCCGCAAGAACCCCCCUUUUCUUUCUAUUCCGCGACUGGACCCCUUGCCAAAGAAGGAAUCCGGAAGAACUCACACAGACGCACAAUGGCAUCAUCGCAAACCACAGUCAUUGCGACUGCAACGGCCGCCGCAGUGGCGACCGGUCUCCUCGCCUACGCCGUCUACUUCGAUCACGCACGACGAAACAAGCCCGAGUUCAGGAGGAAUCUGCGGCGCAACGAGCGCAAGCAAGUACGACAGGCAAAGGAGCAGUCCGAGGUCGAGACCCAGAGCAGGCGCCAAGAGAUCAAGGCCGCCGUCGACGAGGCCAGAGAGGAGGGCUUCCCCACGAGCGUGGAGGAGAAGGAGGCCUAUUUCCUCGACCAGGUGACGAUGGGAGAGCAGUUGGGCGCAGACCCGUCUCGCGCUCUGGAAGCGGCGUUGGCAUUCUACAAGGGCCUCAAGGUCUACCCAACACCUGGAGACCUGAUCAACAUCUACGACAAGACGGUACCGAAGCCUAUCCUCGACUUGCUCGCCGAGAUGAUCGCAUACGACCCCAGCCUGAGACUGGAGAGCAUGGCCAGCGCUGGCGGUAUCCCAGGCAUGCCCAACCUCGCAAACCUUGCCGACAUGCCCAACGUCGGCCUUGACUAAACAACAGCCGACAUGUAUACUGAGCGGGCAGGCUUUGAGGCAAAUGUCUGCACGAUCCUUCCCAGCCUCCACUCUAUGACGGCGAGAUACCUCCUAUCACAAGACUACUCGGGGGCCUCGCAUAUCGUGGAAGCAGUCGGGCGGACGGUUGAAAACAUACUCCGGGAACCAAGGCCCGGCGGUGAAAUUUGUACGAUCCAUUCUGUACACAUACCAGGAAAGCGGCGGGACGGGAUGCGGGAGUGGAAUGGCAGUGAUGACGAGCUUUAGAAGACAUUCACAAUGCAUUGAUGACCAUUCAAAUGUGUCUGGCGCUGGGUCCUCCGGGAAUUUCGCACGAGUGUAGUUGACCAAGUUAUUGCAUAUUUGAGCGUGCAAGGGGUUAAUGAUGUCGGAGGCAAUAAGCAGAGAAUUCAAGCGUUGUGUAA